CGACGAUCGUGUUUGCCCUCGACGCCGAGUUUGGGUGCGAGCAUGAUAAUCUCUCGGCGAUGCUUCCAGACACCUCUGUCCCGCGCAAUGGCCAUCCCACUACCGCAUAGAUUCCUCGGCAUCAAAUCUGUGCUUCAACGGGCACAACAAGGCGCGAUCUUCCUUCGCCAGUCGAGCUCGUCUCGGGGAUCACAACAAAUGAAUGUUGCACUUCUUCGUGGAGCUGCCAGGGCUACAGGCAUGUUGUUCGGUCACCUCCAUCGCACGGGUCUCUUGUACAAGUACGGCAAGCCAGUCGCGGCGGCUAUCAUAGGCGUCCCCUCCCUGAUCUUUGGUGGCGUCCUGUUCGCGUAUUCGCGUCGGAUUCCCAUCUCCAACCGAUCGCAUUUUGUGUUUAUGUCGCAUGAUGCUGAGCAAGCCUUGUCCCAAGAAGCAGUAGCCAACAUCUUGGCCGAAGAAGGGCAGAAUUGUUUGAAGCCUGGUGACCCCGUCUACGACGCUGUGCUUGAAGUGGCACAACAUUUAGCGCAACUGUGCCAGGACGAAAACCUUGUGCCUUCAACUUCGCCCUCGACCUUCCAGCUUCACGUGAUCGACUCUCCCAUUGCGAAUGCUUUCGUCGUACCCAACGGCACAAUCUUCAUCUAUACUGGGAUUCUCCCGAUUGCAAAGACGUACGGUGGACUCGCGUGCAUCCUUGGUCACGAGAUCUCGCAUGCAUUGGCCCACCACAGUGCCGAAAAAAUCGGCUACUUCGACUUGGUCUUGAUCGUUUACGAGUUCGUCAAAGGGUUUGUCGACGAAGCGCGCGAUUACGGGCGUCCUCGCUGGAAGGAAGCCGUCAUGGAAUUUCUCGUCCUCACUGUGUUCCAGCUCGUAGUCCCGCUAGCGUUCUCGCGGAUGAUGGAACGCGAGGCGGAUCGCAUGGGUAUGGUCUUGGCUGCGCGAACGGGGUAUGACCCCACGGAAGCGUCUCCGCUGUGGAAGCGCAUGAUGGACGCAACUGAACGCACCACCUCGUCUGGGAACGAUAAAGUCCGACAUGCAGCCGCCACCGAAUCCUUUGUCGGCGACUUGCUGUCGACGCACCCAAGCAGUCAAAGUCGAAUGGAAGACCUCCGUGCGUUUGCAGAAACGAUUCGAUCCGAGUACGAACUCGCCACAGACAAAUUGGCGUUUGCCCAAAUCUUUCGAAACUCGACCAAACCGCUUCCGCUGAAACACAUCGCGACUACUGCUGCCCGCAAGGACGAAGGGGACAUCGUGGACCAAGGAUGGGAGUUCAAGAGCGAGCUCGCACGACGGAAUGCCUGUUUGAUGGGUGGCGACAAGGGCAAUGCAAUCCGAGCGUUCUUGAAAGAGAUCGGAAUCGAAGAUGCCCAGCUUGCGCAUUAGUUCACGCGCAGUGCAGUAACGAAUGAACGAGAGUGCUUGUGUUGUAGACCUCCACAAGUGCGACGGCAUCAUGUACCCGCUAGAAGUAGAAAGCGUAUGCGCCACACGCUCAGGACAAAUUGAUGCCGCCGUUGGGAAAACGAGCGCUACGAGCUAUGCAUGACUCAGUCAAAGAUGCCCCAAUAGCGAGCCGCGAAUUGAAC